AUGAUUAACUUGACGUCAUACACACACAGAAGGAUGGCUUCGCAGUCACAGGUUUUAUUUGAGAGAGAUGGAGUUUACAUUCAUGUAAAUGUAAAUUCUACAACAGCCGAUAAAGAUGCUCAUAUACCAGGAAGAGUUUACUUGACUCAUAAGUCUGAAGGAAAUUUUAUUGAAUGGAAGGCAGAAGAUGUUCAAAGUCUAGAUAGCAAUCAGAAUGACCAGGAAUGGGCUGUGAUUGGUACAACAUGUUCUGUAGGGUACAAACCAGACAAGGACAAUGUAGUCAGUGAGAGUUCAAAAGCAGAAUCAAGAAAGAGAUACAAUGUCAGUUUUGAUAUAAUGGAUUUGAAAAGUUUCAAAAGGAAUGCACCAAACCAUGGAUGGGCAUACAUUAUUUUCAUCCUGAAAGAUGGGACGACAUAUCCUGCCCUACAUUUCCACAGUGGAGGUAGCAAGGCUCUACUUCAACAGAUUGGCAAAUACAUUCAUAUCAAGAGGUCACCAAAUGACAGUCGGCUGUUUAUAGUACAAGAACAUGACCCUGACAUGCUGUCCAAGUCGUUUGAUGAGUUACACCUGUUCUCAGACUCUUCAGCAUAUCGUGUCACUAAAUUUAUCAAUGAUCCUUACACCACUGCCCUUGGAGGGUUUGCCAAGGUCACCAACUUCUUGCGUGACACUAUAAUGACGCCAGAUAUAGUGACAAGUCGACCGAAGGAAGAAGUGGCUGAAAUUUUACAGGAAGAUAUUCCUGGCAUGGAGAUCAGUCAACAGGUUGAAUCUGGAUUUGAGGUUGUUACAAAGACCAAACUGCCCACUCGUCCAGAAGUAGUCCGUGGGGGGACCCUUGACUCACAGCAGUGGUCAAAACACAUGGACAGAGAUGGUCGUAUCAAGGACGUUGAGAAUCUGAAAGACGUCAUUUUCAGAGGGGGUGUGGACCCCUGUAUAAGGAUAGAGGUGUGGAAGUUUCUACUGGGAUACUACGACUGGCAGUCAACCUACAAAUCAAGAGCUGAUGAAAGAAAGCGUAAAGUAGAUGACUACUUCAGGAUGAAGUUACAAUGGAAGACCAUCAGUGAUGCCCAGGAGAAAAGAUUCUCUCUGUUAAGGGAAAGAAAAUGUCUCAUAGAGAAGGAUGUGACACGAACAGAUCGUACACACAAGUUCUUUGAGGGAGAAUGUAAUCCUAACCUACAGGUCCUAAACGAUAUCCUCAUGACCUACUGCAUGUACAACUUUGAUCUAGGUUAUGUACAAGGGAUGAGUGAUCUGUUAUCGCCCAUCCUUGUUGUCAUGGAGAAUGAAGUGGAUGCUUUCUGGUGCUUUGCUGGUCUCAUGGAUAGAGUGUGGGAAAACUUUGAAAUGGACCAGAAAGGAAUGAAAAACCAGCUCGCAGAUAUCCACAGGUUGAUGCAGUUCUCGGAUCCAGAACUGUGUAGCUAUCUAGAGAGCCAUGAUUCUGGAAACUUCUACUUCUGUUUCCGAUGGUUACUCAUCUUCUUCAAGAGGGAAUUCUCCUUCAGUGACGUACAGCGUUUAUGGGAGGUGAUCUGGACAGAGCGACCCUGUAAGAAUUUCCAUCUACUGAUAUGCCUGGCAAUACUGGAUACAGAGAAAAUCACUCUCAUUGAGAACAAAUUUGGCUUCACAGAAAUCCUAAAGCACAUCAAUGAUAUGAGCUUAGCCAUACACCUAGAGGAAACCCUGAAGAAAGCUGAAAGUAUUUUCCUCCAACUUAAGAACAGUAGAAAAUUACCUGACGUGCUGAAAGAGGUCUUAGGCAUGGAACUGUCUCCAAGCAGUUCAACAUCAAGCUCCAGUAAAACCACACCUAUAGGAACGCCCAUCAACCGAGAAUCCACUCCAAAACUUGAGCUUCCUCUCCAUGUGCGUGAGAAUGAACUGAGUGCACCCAGCUCUGGGUCAGGUACUGCCGUGACAACACCAGAUGAUAGUAGUCUAGAGAUCCUCACAGCAAAUGCUGACACAGCCAUGAAUCUUGUGUAUAACUAGUCAUAGAGCAGUCAGCCAUGUUGUUUGUCUUUGCGAUACAAACAUGUUGUACCUGCAGACUUGCCAAGAGUCCAGAUUUGGUGCUUGUUAAUCGGUACACCAUUCUGGUGUGAAAUGCUGAUUGAUUCAGGCCUGACAACACCAUGUAGGACAUGUCUGUAUGGUCAUUUGUCAUGGUCUGUUGAGCACCUGACAUGACAAGACUGACGUUUAACUGCUGGCACAGGACGUCAUGUCUUGUUUCCAAGACCGACCACAAUUGGCGACCCAUCAGAUGACAUGACCUACCACUAUUCCCUAUAUAGGGUCCAAAUAUGCCAUCUGUUUUCCAUAAUGUAUUUGAGGAGAGAUUAUAGCUGCCCUCAACUGAGUGAGGAUUUCUCCGGAUCAACUAAGAAAACGCCAAGGAGGAGUUUAUUGUAUGUGACAUUACUGUGAUUAUGUGAGAGAGGUGGUAUUGAAUGGAUGAUUAUGUGGAAAAGAGGUAUGAACUGAAUGGUAGUGAUAGAUUCACGUUAAAGUUUAAUUAUGUUAGAUAGAAAAAAAAAAUAUCUGUGAAUUUUAGAAAUAUUUGUUGACUGCUAAUAGAUACUCUAUACUCUUGACUGCAGAUGAACAAAAUUCACCUAAUAGGUCCUGAUAAUGCAUAUAGUGGUGUCACUAGUCAUGCACAGUGUUCACAGCCCUGAUC